CCCGCCCGGCCCCGCGCCAUGCAGCCGCCGCCCGCCCGGACCCCGGCCCCGGCCCCGCACCCCUAGGCGCCCUCCCCGGCCAUGCUGGCCCUGCUAGCCGCCCUGCUGGCCGCCGCCUGCCCGCUGCCGCCCGCCCGCGGCCUCCCGGGGGCGCCCUCCAACGCCUCGGCCUCCGCGUGGGCGGGGGGCGCGGGGGGCCCCGCGGAGGCGCCCUGCAACAUCAGCGUGCAGCGGCCCAUGCUGAGCUCGCUGCUCGUGCGCUGGGGCCUCCCGCGCGGCUUCCCCUGCGACCUGCUGCUCUUCUCUACCAACGCGCACGGCCGCGCCCUCUUCGCCGCCGCCUUCCACCGCGUCGGGUCCCCGCUGCUCAUCGAGCACCUGGCGCUGGCGGCCGGCGCGCCCCAGGACCUGCGGCUGUGCGUGGGCUGCGGCUGGGGGCGCGCCCGCCGCGCCGACCGCCUCCGCGCCUCCGCCUCCGGGCAGUCCUCCGCGCUGCCCGCCUACCCCGCCGCCGCCGCCGCCGCCGCCGCCGCCGCCGCGGAGCCGCCCGGGCCGCCGUGGCUGCAGGCCGAGCCGCUGCACUUCUGCUGCCUGGACUUCAGCCUGGAGGAGCUGCAGGGCGAGCCGGGCUGGCGGCUGAACCGCAAGCCCAUCGAGUCCACGCUGGUGGCCUGCUUCAUGACCCUGGUCAUCGUGGUGUGGAGCGUGGCCGCCCUCAUCUGGCCGGUGCCCAUCAUCGCCGGCUUCCUGCCCAACGGCAUGGAGCAGCGCCGGACCGCCGCCCCCGCCCCCGCCCCCGCCGCGGGGACCCCCGGGGGGACGGCACCCAAGUGAGCUGCGACCCCCGAGGGUGCGUCCUCCUCGGCGUCUCCCGGGAGGGGCCCCGAGACGCCCCGGCCGCCUGCGGCGCGAGGUCUGUGCGAGCGAGCGAGCGAGCGAACGGGGCCAGCCGGCCCCAGCACCCAAGGGUGGCGCCCGCGACUUGGAGGACGGCGCGGGGAAUGGGGCCCUUAACCCUAGGUCGCAACACCACCCCGUCCCCAGCGCGCCCGCCCUCCUUCCCCCCCCCCCCCCCGCACCUACGUGCCCUACAUUCAAGGCAGAACAUGACCAAAUCCUGUGUGUUUGUUUUAUAUAUUUAAUAACCGUUUUAAAUGAAAGUUUUAGUAAAAAAAAAAAAAAUCAAAUUGCUAUUGCCGUAGUCAGAGAAGCUCUUUGUAUCUGAACAUAAUUGCAUUUGAAGUUCCUUGUUUGGUUUUGGAUUUAUUGAAUGGGGGGGGGGAGCACUGAACACUGAUCUGUUGUUAUGUCUGAAAAUGAACUUUCUGAACCUUUUUCCAAGUGGCGUGACUUGAUGGGCGUUUCUUCUUGUACCUCUGUGGUUUUUCGGCUUUUAAUACAGUUUCCUUCAGAGA